AAAAUAUAUAGCAGUUGUCAGAGGAAAUUGUAUUGGUUUUUCCGUUCUACUUCUAUUGAAAAAACUGCUCCUAAUAUUGAUCAUUAUAUCUCCUCUCUCAAUUUCAACCCUCAAAAAAAUAAAAAAAAUAAUUUUUUUAUCAAACAUAUAGAAUAUAGAUUAUUUAGUAGUGAAAAAUUGAGCUAUGACUACAGCUACUAAACAACACCAAGGAAACAUUACAGUUCAGCUUAUUAUCACAUCCAUUAUUGCCUCAAUUGGAGCUUUUCUAUUUGGUUAUAUUGGACUUUCAGGCGGAGCUACCUUGAACGAAGGCAUAGCAGACAUAAACGAGGAAUUAGUGUACAGAAAUGAACACUAUUUAGACCAGUAUUGCAAGGAUGGUGCAGGGUCUGAUACAAUGUAUCUCCCUUCUGUAUAUGUACCUGGUAUAAUAGCCACAUUAAUAGCUUCUCGUGUGACUAGAAAAAAUGGACGUAGAAGGAGUAUGAUUGUUGGUGGAAUAAGUUAUUUUAUUGGGGCAACUCUCAUUGCCAUUGUUCCACGAUUAGUCCAAUAUGGUCCUGAUCAGCUUGCAAUCAUUAUUGGCCGAAUCUUUGCUGGUGUAGGCGUUGGUUUUGGAGUUCAGGCGAUUCCACUAUACUUAUCUGAGAUAGCGCCAGCGAAGUACCGAGGAGGCUUGAACUUUAUGUUUCAGUUAGCGAUAUGUCUUGGAAUGUUGGCAUCAAACAUCAUAAACUAUGUCACUCGAGUCGAAGGAGAGCAUCGUUGGACUGACUACAGAGGGAUUAGUAUCUCCUUUGGGGUGGUUGCAUGUUUGGCCUUGUUGAUGGUAGUUGGAGCGAAAUUCCUGCCCGAAACACCCAACAGCUUAAUUCAACGAGGCUCGAAAGAUGAAGGGAGAAGGUCGCUAGAGAAACUCAGAGGAAAUGAAGAGGUAGAGGAAGAGUUUCAAGACAUAGUUGCUGCAAGUGAACUUGCUAGUACUGUAAAGACCCCUUUUAGAAGCAUAUUUUGGAAGAAGAAUAGGCCUCAGCUUGUAAUGGCAAUCCUCAUGCCAGCAUUUCAGGCCCUCACUGGCAUGGAUUCUUUACUCUAUUACUCAUCAAUCUUGCUUCUAAACAUGGGGUUUGGUGAAAAAUCUUCCUUCUAUUCUUCGGUUAUGGUUGGUGCAGCACUUGUUUUGUCAACACUGUUAUCUAUGGCAGUAGUAGACAGAUUAGGCAGGAGAGUUCUACUUAUCAGUGGUGGAAUAGUAAUGAUUAUAUGUCAGGUUAUAAUUGGCAUAAUCUUGGUGAACAAGCUUGGAGAUGAUCAAAAUUUAUCUAAAGGCUUAUCUAUUCUAGUGAUGGUUUUGAUAUGUGUAUUUGCUCUAGCUUUUGGGUGGUCAUGGGGACCUAUUGCUUGGACAAUACCAAGUGAAAUAUUUCCAUUGGAGAUCAGAUCAAUUGGACAAAGCAUUACAGUGGCUGUGAAUUUUGGAAUGGUUGUAGUUGUGGCAGAGUCAUUCAUGCCUCUACUUUGUGCGUUUAAAUUUGGACUAUUCAUUUUCUAUGGUGGUUGGAUCAUAAUCAUGACCAUCUUUGUCUGUCUGUUCUUGCCUGAGACUAAAGGUGUUCCUAUUGAGGAUAUGACUUGUGUGUGGAGAAAACACUGGUUUUGGAAGAAGAUUGUGCCUACACAGCAUGGACACAUACUUUCAUGAAGAGAAAAAAUGAAGAAAAA